CUUUUACCAUUUCCUUGAAUGGCAACUGAUUCGGAUUACUGAUUGGCGAAAGUAGAAGACCCCGGCAAUUAAUUCGUUUUUAUUUGUUUAUAAAAUAUAUAUCGUAUUAAAAUUAAUAUAUUUAUUAACUAUUGAAAUUUUCUAGUUUUAUGACUGGUCAAUUCUUCGACUGAAAUUGUAUCAUCAACUUAUUAUUUAUAAAAUAUUUUGGACAAAUUUUGAGUUGUGAACUUUCAAGUAAAAUGGAUGAAAAAAAUGGAAGCAGCAAAAAGAAAGAUUCUGAAGAAAGUAAAGCAGCUGAGCUAGAAAAAUAUUGGCAAGUUGUGAAAGACAAUCCAUCAGAUUUUACAGGAUGGACAUAUCUGCUUCAUUUUAUAGAAACAGAGAAAAAUAUUGAAGCUGCAAGAGAAGCAUUUCAAGCUUUCUUCAAACAUUACCCAUAUUGCUAUGGGUAUUGGAAGAAGUAUGCCGAUAUGGAAAAAAAUUUGAACAAUUUUGAUGCUGCUCAAAAGAUUUUUGAAGAAGGUACAAGUGCAAUACCAUUGAGUGUAGAUUUGUGGAUUCAUUAUAUUAAUUUUUACAAGACUCAGCAGAAUGGCAAAGAUGAUUCUGAAGAAAAUAUAAAAAUGCUAUUUAAGAGAGCUUUGAGUGCAGCUGGGCGAGAAUUUCGUUCUGAUAGAUUAUGGGAUCUCUAUGUGGGAUGGCUAGAGGAGAACAAGAAUUUGAAAGAAGUAACCUCUGCCUAUGACGAACUGUUAACCAUUCCAACACAAUUGUAUUGUCAUCAUUUUGAAAAAUUUGGUAAACAUGUAAAGAAAAAUAUACCAAGAGAAAUACUUUCUACAGAUGAAUUCCUUGAACUUAGAAAAGAAGUAGUAAGCAUAUUAAAAAAUGAUUCAAUGGUUGGAGAUGAUGCAGAGGAUGAUGAUAAAGGCAUCAGUAAAGAAGUAGAAUCAGCUCCAGGAAUGGAUAUAGAUGAUGCUCCUCCAGGUUUGGAACCUGGUGGUACAGAUAUUGAGAAAGAUAUGAUGAGUACUGAGGAAACAGAUUUAAUGAAAAAGAAGAUUAUUGAAAGAAGAAAAACCUUGUAUAAAAAGAAUGAAAUAGAAGUGGGAAAACGCUGGUCUUUUGAAGAAGCGAUCAAGAGACCCUACUUCCAUGUGAAACCAUUAGAAAGAGCUCAAUUAAAAAAUUGGAAAGAUUAUCUCGAUUAUGAAAUCGAAAAUGGAACACACGAGAGUAUAGUUAUUCUCUUUGAAAGAUGCAUGAUUGCGUGUGCUCUCUAUGAGGAUAUGUGGUUAAAAUAUGCUAAGUAUAUGGAAGAUAAUUAUCCUGAAAGUGCUGAUGGAGUUUAUGAAAGAGCUUGUAAAAUUCAUCUACCUCGAAAAUAUAUGAUUCAUUUUUCUUGGGCCUCAUUUCAAGAAAGAAGGGAUAAUGUUGACAAAGCUGCCCAGAUUCUUGAAGAUUUAGGGAAUAAUAUCAAAGAUAUGUUAGAAAUAACUCUUAGAAAAAUUAAUCUUGAAAGACGACGGGGUAAUGAAGCAAAGGUAGAAGAAAUGUAUUUAAAAUGCAUUGCUGAAGCCAAAACCUCUCAGAUGUCUUCCCAUUUCGCUACAAAGUUUGCAAGAUAUCUGUAUAAGGUUAAGCAGGAUUUUGUAAAAGCUACAAAGGUUUUAAAAGAUGCCCUUAAAAAUGAUCCAAGUAAUCCAUAUAUAUUGAUGCAACUAGUAGAUGUGGGAUUUCAACAAACUCCUAUAAGUCAAUCGGCUAUUCUUGAGGCAUUUGAUUUAGCAUUAACCAGUGAUAUGAAUGAAGACCAGAAAUUGACAUUUGCAAGAAGGAAACUUGAGUUUUUGGAAGAUUUCACAAUGGAUCCUCAAAGUAUUCAAGAUGCCUUUGAAGAAUAUGCUAAAUUGUAUAAAGUCCAUUACACCUCUAAGAAACGAGUAGCAGAAGACAGUGAAGAAAGUAAAGAAAAGAAACUAAAAACCGAAAUUAAUGGAUCAGCUACGACAGAUACUGCUAAUUCUACUUCUACGGCUGCUACAGCAGCUGCUGCCGCUAUUCCAGCUACACAUGAUGCUGCAUCUUAUCAGUAUCAGCAGCAAUCAGCUGCUUGGGCAAGCUAUGCUGCUCAGAGUUCUUAUAAUUACCAAGGAGCUUGGCCGUAUGCUGCAAAUUACUAUUCAUCGCACUGAAACAAAUAAAUUGUACAUUUUAAGGCAUUGCAUUAUAAAUACUUUCAUCAAUUUGCAUUUUAUACUUUUUAAUUAGAGCGGUAAUUAAACAUUAUCGACAGAUCCCUUGUAGUAUAAUCCGCUUUGACUUUAAAUAUUCUUUUUUUUUUUUUAAGUUGUGAAAAAUGUUAGGAAUAUUUAGAGCCAAUGAAGUAUUGCUGUAAUAAAAUUAUAGUUUUGUUUUGUGUUGUUGUUUUUUAUAAAAUAAAACUUAUGGAAUUACCAUUUUA